UAACUCCAUGUCGUCUUGCCCUUGAGGAUAAAGUUUUGGGUAACAAAGUGAUAGUGGCAGAUGGUAUGGCGUACCCAUUGGAUGGUUCGUUGCACCAACACUUUAGAUCGAUGAAGCCUAGUCAUUAUAAGGUCCAAGUUGAUUGUAUUUACGACGGACAUGAUGAUGACACUCUUCCGGUACCUACUGGAGAUGGAUUCAAUAACUUAGGCAGGGCUCUUGCUAGUUUUGUGCAAUGGCCAAUUCACUUGGUGAUUUUCGAAGAAGACGAGGAGUACUCUACUCCACGCCCAACAAAGAAGUCCAGGAGUCAGAUUUUUGAAGAGGUGGUUGGUAGCUCCAAAGAGAAGAAAAACGAAUUAAUUGUCAAAGAGAAGACAACAGAAUUAGUUGUCAAAGAUAAGACAACAGAAUUAAUUGUCAAAGAGAAGGCAACACUUGAUUUAGGGUCCAAAGAGAAGACAACACUGAAGUUAACGGCCAAGGAAAAUUCAUGCUCAAAUAAGUUGGAGUCGAAAUCGAAGUCGAAGAACUCUAAGAUGGCCAAAGAGAUGGUAGGUAGUUGUGAUCGUAAAACUGAAGAAUCAGCCGCCAAAAGUAAGAAGCAAAAUUUGGCAGACGACACAAUUCAAGGUCUUGGCCCAUCAUGCAAUUAUUUGAAGUUUAUCAUCAAUACGGCGCCCGGUGAUGUAUAUAAAAAUACUUCAAUCCCAUUGCCCGCUUCGGUUUGGCAUUAUGACGAAGAUCGACAAACUUAUAUAAAUGAGGUUGACGUUGAAGAGUUCCUUAGAGGGGCGUGCCUCAACAUUUCAGUGAUCCAAGUCUAUAUGAUGUGUUUAUUCCACGAACACACCUUUGCAUUUGACAACUCUCAGAUUGGGUUUGUUUGUCCCGAGGCAAUGUCAAGCUCUAGAAUCAAGGCCAACCCUCAGGCUGCAUCAAUGUAUUUGAAAGUAGUUUUCAAUGCUGAAAUUGAAAAGGAGAAGAAGGGUGAUCCUAACAUUACCAAGUGGUUUUUGAUCCCAUACCAUCAAGAAAAUCAUUGGAUUUUGUACGUGUUAGACCUACGUAGAGGUUGUGCGUAUAUUUUCGACUCUGCGAUAGGUUCCAACCGAGAAAAUAGUGCAUGGGGAAUCUUGUGUUUGGCAUACCAAGUGUACAAGUUUAAUGAUGGGAUUUGUCCGAAUAGAGCGACUAUGCAGGGGUUGAAAGGCUUCCAUGUAAAGUGUGCUCAACAAGUCGGCGCCCGCGAGUGUGGCUAUUACGUUAUGAAGUUCAUGCAUGAAAUAGUCACGUUACACCAUAACACUGAUGAGCGGUUAGACAAUGCUUACACUCCAAGAAAUGCGCCUUAUACCGAUGAGGAAAUAGAUGUGGUUCGUGAGCAAUGGGCUAAGUUUUUUACAACCGAGUAUUUAUUUACUUAGGUUGUUUAGACACAAAGAUGGAAGCGUUUAUAUCUUCAUGGAUUUGGCUAGGGAUCGAGUCGAUUGGAAGAAAGUCAACACGACCUUACUUAAGGUUUGUACGUAAUGCAUGAUCUAAAGGGACCUAAGUGGCUGGAUUAGAGACAUUUGUUAGAUUAGCUCUCUAGCCUUUUGUCUUUAGUUGUUAAUAUUAGUUGUAAUUUGUUAGACUAGCUAGGUGUUUAAAAAUUGUAAACAUACGUACUAUAUAUAC